AUGUCGAGUCUCACCGACCCUAAUGGUGACCCAAAUGUCGGUUCCUCCCGAGGCGAUUCGUCGUCAACAUCGGGCGACAUCGCUAGCGGCCUCACUGGCAGCGGAAGUUCAUCAUCCUCGGCACUUUUAAUGACAUUUCUUCCGGCGUUGAUAUACGCACUGUUCUGGGUUGGACUGUUUCUGAUUUUUCGACGAACUCAACGAAGAUGGUACGCGCCAAGGUCGCAUCUACCUGACUUACAUGACCAUCAAAGAAGCCCCGAAUUACCCACAGGCUGGGUCAACUGGGUGGGCGACUUCUUAAAAAUCGAAGACAACCAUGUUCUACACCAUUCAUCCCUAGACGGUUAUCUUUUUCUACGAUUUCUGCGAGUUUUAUGUGCCAUUUGUUUUACCGGCUGUGUGCUUACAUGGCCAAUCUUGUUUCCGAUUCACGCUACAGGCGGGAAUGGGAAUACGCAGCUCGACAAGCUCAGUUUUAGCAAUAUUGCAAAUCCGAAGAAAUAUUACGCGAAUGUUAUCGUUGCAUGUGUCUAUUUCACGUUUGUUUUUUACGUUGUUGUGCGGGAGAGUCUAUACUAUGCCAAUCUGCGCCAGGUCUAUUUGAACUCCCCGGCAUAUGCAUCCCGGAUGUCCUCACGGACUGUUCUCUUCAUGUCCGUGCCGCCAGAUUACAGGAAUGAAAAGAAGCUUCGGAGCGUAUUCGGCAAUGCAAUCCAGCAAAUUUGGAUUACGUCCAAUUGCAAGGAAUUGGCUAAGUUGGUCGAUGAGCGAGACAAAUAUGCCUACAAAUUGGAAACCGCCGAAACAAAGCUUAUUCGACGCGCAAACAAGGCGCGCAUGCAAGCUAUCAAAAAAGGCGAAUUUUCUGCCGAUACAUGCUUGGAUUGCGAGUCCAGUAAUCCAGGGUGGUCCGAGAAGGUCAAGCGGCCUACCCACAGGCUGAAGAUCAUCUUUGGCAAAAAAGUUGAUUCCAUCCACUAUUACCGCGAGGAGCUUGUUAGGGUUUCAGAGGAGGUGCUUGCUCUCCAGCGAAAGCAUCAGGAAGGCGAUGCGAAACAGCUUUCUGCUAUCUUUAUUGAAUUCAACACGCAAAAUGAUGCUCAGAUUGCUUUGCAGACUCUAUCCCAUCAUCAACCAUUCCAUAUGACUCCACGCUUCAUUGGUGUUUCUCCCCAAGAAAUCGUCUGGUCAGCGUUAAAUAUCAGCUGGAAACAACGCGUCGUUCGCAGAUUCGCAGCUCAGGGGUUCCUAGCGGUGCUGGUCAUCUUCUGGUCUUUCCCCGCUGCUAUCGUGGGAACAAUCUCUAAUAUCACAUAUCUGUGCCAAAUUAUCCCAUUCUUGGGAUUCAUCCUGAAACUGCCCAGUUUCGUCAAGGGUGCUAUCGAAGGUCUGCUACCAUCAGCAGCUCUUGCACUUUUGAUGUCACUGGUUCCAAUCAUCUGUAGAAUCUGCGCCAGACGAUCCGGUGUUCCAUCCCUGUCACGCGUUGAAUUGUUCACGCAAAGCGCAGUCUUCGUUUUCCAGGUCGUACAGGUGUUCCUAGUGACGACCCUGACAUCAGCCGCUUCGGCAGCAACGGCACAGAUCAUCAAAAAUCCAUUGUCAAUCAAGGACCUCCUGGCACAGAACUUGCCAAAGGCAACAAACUUCUACAUUUCUUACUUCCUGCUUCAAGGACUGAGCAUGAGUUCAAUGGCACUAGUGCAAAUCGCCAGUGCCCUGGUCUUCAGAAUCGUCGACAAAUUCUUCGCCCAUUCACCCCGUCGACUAUAUAACAAAUGGGCCGAGCUCGCCAGUCUCAGCUGGGGCAGUGUUUUCCCCGUCUUCACUAACAUGGGUGUAAUUGCAUUGACAUAUUCGUGCAUCGCACCAUUGAUUCUCGGCUUCUCUUUUAUCGGUCUAUAUAUGGUCUACCAAGCUUACCGUUACAACUUCUUCUUCGUGUACGACAUCGAAAUCGACACAAAAGGCCUAGUCUACCCCCGAGCCCUCCAACACCUCCUAACAGGCCUCUACAUAGCCGAAAUCUGCAUGAUAGGUCUCUGCGCAAUCAAAGGCGCAGUCGGUCCCGUCAUCAUAAUGGUCAUUUUCCUCGUCGUCAAUAUCCUAGCACACAUCUCCCUCAACGAAGCUCUCACGCCGCUAAACAGCUUCCUCCCCCGAUCCCUAGACGCAGAGGAAGAACUCUUACAAGAGAAAGAGGAUAUCCGGAACGAGAUCAACGAACAGCGUCGGUCACGCGGUCUUGCUUUCUGGAGAUGGUUCCAUCCUAAUAUCUACAAGGAUUAUGCUGCGCUAAGACGGAAAGUGCGGAAGAAUCUUGAGGAGGUUUCUUACUCGCCUGAGGAGUUGCGGACUGCGUAUUUUGAACCUUGCAUUGCGUCUCCUCCACCUACCUUGUGGAUUCCGAGGGAUAAGUUUGGGUUUAGUCGACAUGAGGUCAUGGAGACGGAUUCGAUUAUUGGAAUCACGGAUGAGGGGGCGCAUCUUGAUGAGAAGAACAGUAUCAUUUGGGAUAAGUAUGAUCCUAGUCUUCCGCUCAGGGAAAGGAAAGUUUUGUAUUAA